AGUUGGUGAAAAGAGGGAAAUCCAGUCGGAGUCGACUUCGGCUUUGCUGGGAUUUAAAUAGUGUCAUUUACGGAGUCAUGUCUCAGUCAGUGGUCCAACUCCAGCAAACAGAGAUCCAGUUCUGGCUGGACAAAGUGGAACAUUGGGGUGAAGCUGACAGUGCAGACGUUUGUAAAGAUGCCUGCUUUCACUUGAGCACACUGAGGGAUUUCCUCCAGAGACUUCUUACACACAUCACCAACGUGGGCUCCACGACAGAAACCAUGAAGAACAUGCCUUCUCUUGGCCAGAUUGUGGGCCGCCUCUGCUGGAACCCGGUUGUUACUGCUGAUGAUGAAACCAGAGCGCUGAUCUUCCAGUGUCUGUGGGGACUGCACACCGAGCAGCCGGCCAAUGCUUUGGAAAAAAAGUCUAACCAAUGGAUACAGAAAGUGUUGUGCCAACUUGCAACAGAAGACGAAGCAAACCCAUCCAGUCUUUUGCUGAAAGAAUUGGGCCUGUCGCCAACACAGUACCAUCUCCAAGUCCUCAGAAAGAUGGUGGCACAGUUGCAGGAAAACACUGGAGAAACCUGCUGUUUCUUGGGAGAUGUAAAUCGGAGGUGUUCAUGUAGCAGGAUUGCGGCUAUAUCCGAGGCUUGCAUCCCCUUGGUUACCUGCACUGAAGUUUCUCCUCUCAUUGGAGCUCUACUGCAGAGGCCAUUGACCUGUGCACAAUCAGCUCUUACUAAUAGCUUCCUUGGCGCUAUAAGCUCCGCCUAUUCCAGCGGUCGCUUGUCACUGGAGGACCAGGCUGUAGUCGCCCUGUGGUAUCGCAGCCUGCCCAGCCUGGAGGAAGCAGUGCUCUGUCUGCUGGAGUCAACUGUCCUUGGCAAUACUGAGUCACUGCAGCAGCUCCAGCAGCAAAUAGCACAGUCGCUCCUGCCGAAAGCCUGCGCCCAGCACUGCUCCAUCUUUUUGGUGGUAAAUGACAUCUUCAGGUUCAUCCUUAAGAAACGAGAGGCUAAUCCGUGCAUUAGGACUCUCAUCCAAAUGUUUACCAGCUGCUUCUAUAAGGAGCUAACCCUGCUACAUCCACAGGCCCGUUUACCUUUGAAGGCCUUCUUCCCUCAGUCCCCACAAAAUCUGCUGCUUCCGCUCUUGACCCCGCCUUCAGAGGUGCCAGGGGAGGCUCGAAGACGUCACCUGAGCUGGCUCAGUGGCUCAUUACAGAGACUGACAGAGGAGGAAGAGGAAGCAGGUGGCAGCAGAAGCGUCUUUGAGGCCUGGUUCCUGCUGGUCCAGUGUUCCCACUGGGUGCAAGCGGCCCUCCAGCUGCUGGUUACCACAGAGAUCCUUGACUUCCACCCCUUGCUGUGGCUGCUGACCUUUUACCACCACCCCACCAACAGGGGGCACUGCAGGGAUGUACAACUGGUACACCUUAAAGAAGCCUGGGACCACCUGCACCACAUCUUUUUCUCAGUUCCCCCUCCUGCUCACCCCCCUCUUCCUGUGGAGCGGCUCCACAGUCUGCUGGCGCUCAUUUCGCCGAGCACUCAGCAGCCAUCGGCGGCGCCAUUAUUGAUUGUCGACCUUGUGGUCAACUUCGCAGUUUUCUCACAACAAUCACUGAGAGUCUCUGCAGAGAUUGUACACACGGUGGCGGCUCGGUCCGGUCUGGUCAGUGAAGCAGUACGUGUUCUGGACUCAUUGGAGCAUCGACUCAGCGCAGCGAGUUCCCCAUUAAGUGACGCUAACAGAGCUGGCAUCAGGAUCAAGGAGCUUCACAACACCCUUCAGGACCUCCCUGCAGACUCCCGCCCCUUGCAUUGACACAGGCAUGACCUCACCCCCACACAUCAGCCAGUUCAGCGCCGGUUCAGGGUUUUUCUUCAUGAGUUUGCAGCAUCAUAAAUGAAGGCCACGCUCAUGUACUGCAGGGACAGCAAGGGGUCUAAAUGACACACAAUUACACACAGACACAGAUGAAGCGUACAAGGACAGUGGAGCAGUGACAGAUCAGCCUGUAGAGCUGCAGCACUGUGUCACCAUGAUCCCACUCGUGUAACUACCUCACUACAAUACUGUACAGUUCCUUCAACACAUACACAAAUGAAAUGAGAAGCAAAAACGAACAUCUGGCCAUGAAUUACAUUAUCCUAAUUUUUGUCACGGGGGUAUGCUGACAAGCUGACCCAGCUAUCCCAGCUGACAAGAGGCGGCGUGCACCCUGGACUGGCCAAUCAAAGGCCAAUCACAUAUAGACUAACAACCAUUCACACUCACAUUCAUACCUAUGGACAAUUUAGAGUUAUCAAUUAACCUAACAUGCAUGUUUUUGGAAUGUGGGAGGAAACCAGAGUACCCGGAGAGACCCACACACGCACGGGGAGAACAUGCACACCCAGAUUUUCCCGAUCUCCUCACUGUGUGGCCAACAUGCUAACCACUCGGCCACCGUGUGGCCAGUAUAUUAUUUAAUUAAUAAAAAAUAUGAAGUCAUAAAACAGUACAUCACAUAAAAGAGAGAAAGAAAUCAUGUAAAAAUAAACUAAAAUAUGUUUGACUCAUUCUGAUUGGACACAAGUAAGUGCUGUGAUCUUCCAGUGAUUUCAUGACACAUGAACAUGAGUAAAGUAUUUCCCUGAAAAACAAAAAAAUGCUACAGAAAAAUCCUAGUCUAGACCAGACAAAAAAAUGGGAUAGUUAGUAUGAGAGAAAUAUUUCAAUUUUCCCAGUACAGUAUAUUACAACUGUAAGCAUGCAAUAUUUAUUUUUCUUUAAAUAUUAUGAAUGUAUUGAUUUUCUUUAGUUUUAUUCUUAUGUUACAACUUUUUCUAUUUUUGCAGACAAUUACAUUUAUUGAGUCUUUAAUCUUUUAAUUGUAUGACUUUAAAAAAAUACCUAAAAAAUAAACCUUUUCCCAUAAUGCAAUACUUGAAUUAUAAUAUUUUAUCAUUUAUUUAAUAAUUAAUUGUUUUCUUUUCUGUUAGCCGACUGUCGUAUCCUUUUGAAAGUAGAUUUAGUGAGUGAGCGUUUAACCUGUAACACAUACAAAAUGACCUCAAAUAUUUAUCCCUUCUUUUUCUGUCUACCCUCAGUUUGAGCCAAUAUGUUCUGUUAUUAUAAUCUCACAAUCUGCACACGUGUUUUGUCUGCGGUGUAUCUCUUACAUGGACACCACAUUAUGCAUGAAGUCAUGUGUUAUGUAUGAAAACACCUGAAAGUAUUUGCAGUCUAAACUCUUUCACAGCCUGAUUGGAGCUUCAGACUAAACACACACACACACACACACACACACACACACUGAGGUUUUCCAGAACAUCUUUAUUUUCUCGUCAUUCACAUAUAAAAAUACUACAGACUACAGAAGUCACUAUGGACUAUUGUUACAGGAGAAAACUUGUUUUCUAUUUCUUAUUUUUAACUGUGCCUCCCCAGUCAGCAAGAAAUCUUGGCUGGGGGAGUCGGAGACCGCCGCAACAUUCCGGUGUUCGCCACGAGUACUCAACCUUCGCACGACCCCAAACUCCUGUCAUCUCCGUAUGUUGUCAGCAGCCUGAAGACAGAGAGAGAGAGAGAGAGAGAGAGAGGUACACAUGGAGAUUUAUUGUAGAAGCAUUUCUGGACACAAUACACGAUGCGUUUAUAUAAAAAGGCCUCGUAGACGCCCCCUGCUGGACACAUUAUGUAUAAUAAAGACACGACUUCUGUAACUCAAGUUCAUAAUCCGUGGUUCAAAAAAAGCACAUGUCAAGAUCCCAGAAGAUUUUCAUCUGAAGUCAACUCAGGGAGACAUAUAUAUAAUAGAGACAGACGUAUAUAAUAGAGACAGACGUAUGUAAUGUAAACCAAAACAUAAUAAUGUUGAAAUGGAAGUUAACAAGAUUGAACACAUACAGUAGAUGAAGGAAUGAAUCAUUAAGAGCUUAACCAAGAAAUUAUCUACUAACUUCAUUUUAUUCUGGCAGUUGAUGACUCAAUAAAAAUUAACCUGUGACAUAUUUUGGGCCCAUUUGGUAACAGCCAAUUAAAAUGAACACGAACAGUGUUAAAAAAAAACAACAACUAUAUAUAUAUAUAUAUAUAUAUAUAUAUAUAUACACACACACAAUGUAUAUAUAAUAUAACCAAAUAAUAAAAAUGUCUCCUUCACCAAUAAAAUAAUCAGGAAAAUAAAUAUUUUUGAUAAAAUUGUGUAUGCUCCCAGGGAUGAUUUACAACAUCGCCUGUGUCUAUAGAUGAUUUUUAUAUAACAAUAUCAACUUUACGUUAAUUGUCUCCUAAAACGUUUGGGGUUUGCAACAGUAAAAACAAACACAGAAUGAGCCAUAAAUUGGAUGAAAUGAUUUUAGAUUGAAUGAACUGUAGUCAUUGUACAGGUGUUAUUUGUAUCACGCUUGUCUCAGUGAUGAAAGACAAAAAAAUAAAAGCAGCUCCAGGGGUGGUUGCUGCAGUCACAUGAUAGUAGCUGUUGAGUGGACUGGACUCCUGUUCCUGCUGAACUGAGCCAGUGGUUGUGUAGGACUGAUUAUCAGCUCAGUAGGCACAGGAGGCAGAGUCCCAAUCUUGCUGCCUAUUCUUUUUGUCCAUUACAUUGAAACCUGAAUAAAGUUGGAUCAUUUAAGUUGAACAAAGUUGGGACAAACUGACAACAUAAACUAUAAAUCCAUCAAGUUUCUUUGAAAAUGUGAUUGCGUGAUGAAUAGAUGGUGAAUCCUUUCCACCAUGUUGUCCCUUGAUGAGGCGGACACCAUUAGGGCAUCAUAAAUCACGUCUAAUGUACAGUAUAUGGCCUCUCUCUUUUUAUGGACCUUUGAUGGUCAUUACUCCUUUAAUAGGCCCUAAAUAUAGGUGGACCAAUGACACCCAGCACAUGGACCUCAUUUCUAAUUCACACACCCGUCCUCGUUUAGACGACCCCCCCACCCCAUUUAUAACGCCUCCUAAAGACGGAUUGCCCCUUUGCUGCACAUAGGCCUAAUAGUUUAAUGUACACUAUAUAUGCACUGCCUUGAUGUCACAAGACACACCCCUUCAUCAUUAAAUCUUCAUCUUUUUUGGACAAUUGUACUACUACAAUUAUAUACUACUACUAUUUGGGUACUGCAAAAGCUCCAAUUACAGCUGAAACCACAAAAAAAGAUGCAGCGUUAAUUGGAAGCAGGCGGCAAUUGGAGAAAGGUUGUUUGAAAUGUAUACAUAUAAUAUAUCAACUUCAUUUUUAGCUUUAAUAAAGAUUUGGAGCGCAUGAGAAAGCGGAAAGGAAAAUGUAGUUCUCUUUGACCACAUGGUCAUUUACUAACAAGUAUAUUGUACAACACAGCAGCAACAGAAACAAUGUAACAGCGUUAAUACGACUGAUGAGUUCACUGUAAACAACAGUACGGUUGUGGAACACGCAUGAAUUUCAGGCCAAGAGCCAAGUCGGACAACUGACAUUUAAAGCGCAUGUAGAGGUAGACAAAGCUGCUCGAGGCUGACCACUCAUAAUACUUCAAAUGUACAGUUGCUAUUGCCGUCUUGGGGAGUAAAUAAGAAAAUGAAUUCAGGAGGUUGCCCACAGCCACUGGUGUUAAUGCCUUAUUUUUUUUUUUUUUGAACCAACGCUAAUUAAGAGAGUGUCAGUUAUUUGCUUUUUGUUGACAACGCACCAGGCGGCUGUAGUAGACUCCACGGCUGAUUGAACACAGGUGUUAAUUGCCGCAUUUCCGGCAGUUGAGCAUCUUAGCUUUUGUGCUAUGUUUUACAAACAUGCUCAUGGAGAAGUGUGUGACUGACAAGGACCCUCCAGUAAAAGUAGAAAUAAACAGUAAGAGUUGUAUUUCCCAUGUGAGAGUGUGGACAAUGCUCUCCUCAGGUGCAGAACUUAGCCACUGUGAACAAAGAGGAAAUCAAUCACUGUUCACCAAUCAGCUAAGCUCUGUGCCUGGAUGGAGACAGGACACACAACCUGGUGGCUGUCCCCUGACUUAACUACACACACACACACACACACACACACACACACACACACACACGCAUGCAUGAAGACCCCCGACUCCUCUCAUCAUGGUUUUCUCUGCUGUGCGCCACCUCACACACAAAGAGUGCACUCCUACAUAAUCAUGUCUUCUUUGGUUUGGCGUGUGUGUGUUGGUGGUUACCAUAGCAGCCGGCUGCUGGGUCAGGGCUACGUGGUAAUCCCUGGCAAUGUGAUUUUUAUCAUAAGUCACAAAUCAGCACGCCAGGAACCCUCACAGCCCGGACAGUAGUCAACAAACAACAACAAUCUUCUUCCUCCUAACUUUAAAUUCCUCUUCUUGCAUCUCUUGCGCUUUUACACUUUGCUUCUAUCGGCCACGCUCGGCUAACCCGGCGAUAUGCCCCCUCAUUAAGCGGAUCAGGAGGGAUUUCCAAAGGCAUGUACUUGACUGGGGAGACCGCCCGUCUUUGCUUUUUGGAAUAAAGUGCUUUUUAGGGAGUGACAUGCUGUUUGCAAGCACAAAGAGGACGAGUAGAUUUGGAAGUAAAACAUACAUACAGCUCAGCAAGGCUCAUCCAUCAUUUUAAUUGGUUUACAAAAGCUUCAUGGAUUGUUUGUUCGAAAGGCCUCUACUUGUACUGACACCACCCUAAAUAAAAGCACAGUGUCACUGCAUACGUGACUUUUAAAGCUGUAGUGUACCGCUUACUUUACAUGUGCAUUACAAACCAUCAUCAGGCCUAUGCAUAUACUUGUAGUAUGAUGACAGCGAAGCACGAAACAGGCGUUUAUCAGGCCACAGCCAGAUGUCUAAAAGGAAGCCUUUCACAUCUUAGGCCAACGCAUCAGGCUGUCUCUAUUAGCGAGCGUGUGUGUGAAGAUAAAACCUGUCUUGUGACGACUCUUGGUCGUGACCUAAAAAAAGGAUGAUGGAGCUGGGUGUCAGCGUUAAAAAGCAUCAGACUAAAAAUGUCUAUGACGUUUUUCAUGACUAAGACAGCCUACAUACACUAUAUGAAGUAUUGGUCAGAGUGAGUAUUAUACAAGCAUAUAAGCCAAGAUUAUGCUGAAAUACAUGCUGAGGUACAAAACCAACAUUUAAAUAAUAAAUAUAUUCCCAAUUAACCCUAACACAAGCCUGACCUGAGCAAAGUACCGUCCACGGGCCCCUUUCUCAUCAGCGCUUCGACGGUUAAUUGGAACGUAUAAAUAAAAUGCAAACACAUUUUAUUCAUGCAUGGAUUAAAACAACAACGCUGUUAUUUGAAGGUGUAUUUUUUGCGCAUGUACGUACGCCACUUACACUAAAAUGCAUGUGCACACCUUUACCUAAACGACCACACUUGCCAUCGGUUUAGCUCUUAGCUUGUUCCUUCGUGUUACAACUGUCACCUUUUUAUUGUAAAUGUGCACCCAAAAUCGAAGUUGGGUUGAACGAGUUGUAUACACACAGGAAGUAAUGUACUAAAAGCCUGCCAAUCACGGUCCGCGUCACCAUUACACAGGUUUAGUAGCGUCAAGCUACUCAAGAGGGUUUGGAGGAGGAGUGAGCUUUGUGAGCCAUGACACAGAAGCAUAAAGCAGGCUUGGUUUGAAGGCUUUAAAACAUGCAAACGCUGCUCCUCACACUGACUAAAAACAGGAUUGGAUCCGUGCCUUGCUUUGCUCCCGCCUCAGCUCAACACACUUCAACAUCCUCAGGUUAGAAAUUGAGAUUCAAUAAAUAUUUUUGAGAAGCUUAUUUUGCGUUGCUUCAUCAUCACAUUUACUCUUAGCAGUUGCAUCUUGGCAAAACAACGAUUUCUUUUUCAGCUUAUUCUAAAGAGAUAGGAACGAUAUCAAGCAUAGUUUACUUCAGCCUGUUGGCAGCCCUCCGUGAUAUUUGUUUCUCUCAUGUGGCCCCUUGGGAAAACACAUGCCCUGAAUAAGACCUUAACCCUAACCCUAAAACCAAACCCUAAAUCACACCCGGACCCUGAUCCUAGCCAUAACAUGAAUCCUAACACGGACACAAACCCGAAACCUAAACCCAACCCUUGACAAGCCCAGUGUCACAUGACAAAGGUAUGAAAGUAAACAAAUUCAAAGAGUGAAAAGGGGUUUAAAAAUACGCUAUAUCUGCUUUGGACCAUCCUUAGACACACACACAAACACUUGCUGACCUACUCUGCCUCUUUUUGUCUCGCGUUUGUUUGACGAGCGCAUUCCCAAAUUCCUUCUCUGAUAAACACAUCCCGACAGCGCUGCUGUGAAACCGCAGAAAAGGCCCCAUCCUGAGCCUACAAAUAUGUGCACACACACACACUGGGACCACAGAGGAAUGUGCCAGAGUAGGUAGACAGGUGACCCCUGAGUGGAUGUGGCUUGCAGAUAAGACUACUUUUAGUGAUAAUUAAACUACUUAAAUGGAAUCCCACAAUCCAACACAAGCACGAAAGAGAGAGCGCUCCAAUGCUGGUAUGAAAAUAGAAGUUCAGAACAUUCAGAGACACUCUCCCCAAAGCUGAGCUUCUCGCACCAAGCAAGGCUGGCAAAGGCAAAACAAACAUCAUAAAGGUUAAAAGUCACCUGUAGCGGUUACAGCACCAUCUCCUCCACCACGCUGCGCGCUGAUUGGUCCAUUUCCUCACUGACCAAUGAGAGGCAGCGACGAGCCAGCGCCUGCUGCUCGGCGUCCUCCUUAACCAUCAGCUCUCCGUACAGAUACACACCCAUGGCCUGCAACACACACACACAGUUAAUGACAUGACGGCAUGGUAUGAAGGACGGACGGGUAAAUAACGUGCAUUUACUUGAUCAUGAAGCAGAAAGUGCUCCACAUCACCAUAAGCCUGAGCAUGGCCGUGUUUGACCACCAGCUCGCACCAGCGAUGUCGCACCUGAAAGCAACAACACGGGGAAACGGAAUGUAUUGUAAAACAGGAGCUAUACUGAAAUGCACAAAAUGGCCAUCGGUAGAGUGCAGAUCUUCCUCAAAGUUAAAAAAUCCAACAGAACAUUUGGAUCAGAGUUCAAUUUACACUUCACUACUUUGCUUGUGAUGGUAUUAAAGUACUUCCUAAUGAAUAAUUACAGUAAAAAAUAUGUUAGACGCUGCCAAGCUGUCAAUGCAGUACCACAGGAUGAUCACAAGAUGGCAGCAAAUAGGAAGUAAAUGGCAUAAAAGCACACUACUGGGGGGCUCUGGCUCUUUACGUGUUUUAUCAAAGGUGAGUUAUCAAAGGUCACAACAUUGCUAUGCACACAUGCUAUGAUGGAGAAUCUAAAUUGUCAUGAUUUAGUGUCGACCAUCUGUCUAGUAUACGUGGUUCAACUUUGGUAGUGAUCGCAUGAAAUGAUUGAAGUCCUCCAAAUGAUCCUACUCCUACUUAAAAUGGUCCACUUCCUGUUUGUUGGUAGACGUACGCAUUGCCGUGCGCAUUGCCUUUCAUGCAAUUUUGAAGUUUUUGGCUUCAGAGGCAAAAACUGGCGUGUCAUUUUCACCAGGAUAAAUGUGGUUAAGUCCUUCUAAAACACAGGAACCUUUGGGACGGGCUUCAUUCAAAUUCAUGUUUAAGAUGUGAUCACACGAGCCUGGCCUUACUGCAAGUCCUGGUCUUUGAGUGUGGAACCAGAACAGAUCUGGGCCGUGUGAAGUCAUGAGUGAGGCAGUGCUCUGCAGCUCCACAGCCUGGCAUCUGGCCAUGAGAGCACUUUAAACGAAGCUGACGGCUCAUCUGUGCCGGAUGAAGGCGUGAGAGUGUAUUUUGGCUUCGCUCCUGACCUGCUGCAGUCCAGACGUGACGUUCUUAGAGGCUAGGUAAGCGUGUGACCUUCUCAAGGUCAGACGUCCACCUGAUUGUGAGGAUGCUGCUCCUCAGGCGGGAGGAGGCUUGAUUGAAUCAAUGUGACGCUGAUGGUUUGAUGUUUGCUGAAAGGAGGCGGGGACUAAUGAACUCGGCUGGCUUUGGAGGACAAAUGCUAUUUUGGAAACUUGCGGACAUUUAUGAACAAGCAUAUCGCACAACACAGCAGCAACAGAACCAAUGUUGUAAUAGCGGUAUGGAGCAUACUGCUGAUGAGUUCAUUGUAAACAACAGAACAGUAAGUGUAACACGCGUGAGUUUCACACAGACAGCUCAGUCACUGACAUUUUAAAGCGUAUGCAGAGGUAGGUAAUUAUUUGCUUUUGUAGACCACACACCCGAAAACUACAGGCCACUCGGCAGCCUUUUGAAUAGAGGUGUUAACUGGAGCAUUUCCAAUCUGGUAUCAAUAAUAAUGUCAGCUGGAAUGAAACUGUUUGGAGUGAUAUUGAAUCUCUGCGGGGGAAAAAUGUCAACAUGUUAAAAUUAAGUUCAUAGUUCGUUCCAAGAAUAAACAGAUGUUCUGUUGCCAUGGUGACCGGCAGUGUGCAGCAGAGUCACGUGCACUAUUUUGUCCCAGGUGUGUGGAGGUGCGCCACGUGCGCAGCGCGUAGUGGUGGUCAUGAUAUGGUGGACCUGCGUGACGGCCCCCGGCAGCUGUUGCCUCGACUGGGUUACAUUCCUGGGGAGAGCCCUGAGGCAGAGCAGCUGCAUGCUGGGAGUAGCGCUCCUCUACUCUCCUCUCUGAGGGCCCCUCACGCUUUGACGGCGACAUUCCUCCAUUUAUUACUGCCCCCAACCCCCUCAUACUACUAGUGCAUUGUGAGUGUACUUCAUUUUCAACAUGGGCCCAAAAUUGCAUCUAUUUUUAGAAAUGUUGAUGAUUUUUAUCUCUCAUAGAUUUGACACAGUGGCCCUCAUACUGUACAGUACAGUCAGUACAUGUACACACAUGAUCCUCAUACACACAUGCACGCUCACUCACACCCUCCCACCAGCAAGCAAAUUUGUGGCCAGCCGCAUAUUUCCUAUUUCCACACACACACACACACACACACACACACACACACACACACACAGAAAACUACCAAGCUUUGCACGCCACCCUGAACAGGCAUCACUUAUGUGCUUCAGCACUAAAACAGAUGCUGAAAGUUUGUCAAGGUUCUCUUUGUUGAGAUCAUUUUCCAAGACAAUCUCAGCAACAAUCGGGCAGCUAUGACAGACACAGACCACAUUAAACACUAAUAUGUUCAUGCAGUCAACGUCAGCAACCUUCCUGGCAACCCCUGAGGCCUGACCUGUCUGGUAAUUCAGGACAAAAGUAUUAGGACGCUUCUGGACACUAGGGGUGGGAAUUGCACUAACUCACCAUGUGAUAUUAUGACAAUACUUAACCAAUGAUACCAACAUAUUGACGACGCGGUGAAAAUUGAUAGAAUAGAAGAAAACAUACAAACGCAAAUGAGGGAUAUAACGUGAUUGACGCUUGUGUACUGAUACUGUUAUCACUACCGUUUUUGUUUUCAAUAGAAAAAACACAAAAGGUGGGGGGGGAAAAAGCAAAUGCACGCGCAGUUAAUUUUUUGACGCUAUAAUAUGCUGACAUCAUGAAACUUGAAGGGGGCAUAUUUGUAUAAAAUGUCAAAUUCCAAAUUGUAUGACCUUUUGAGGCUCCACUGCAUAGCACUUUAUUUACUUAUUUACUUAUUUAUUUGUAUAUUUAUUUGUAUUAAUGUCUCUUUUUUUGUUGUUGCUUA